AUGUUGACAGGUGACAGCACCAUUUUUGGUGCUAUCUUCACCCAUAUAAAGAAGAUAACCUCAAAUAGUGGUGCUUUUUUCUGGCCCAAUUUCGGCAAUUUUCUUCAUUCUUCCCUAACUUUUUGUAAAUAGUAAUUAAAAAGAGAAUUUACUGCCACGAAAGUAAAUUUAAUCUCCUAAAAAUUCAACUUGUGAGUUUUUCGAACAUAACCACAAACCGCCAAAGCACUAUGUGAAAAAUGAAGAAAUACUUGUAUUUGAUUCUCAACGUGUUAUUAACGGCAUGGGUGUACACAAUGGACCCAAACCCCCAAACAAUAGACUGCAGCACACUUCGAAUGGGGCAGUACAUCUGCCCUGACCCAAGCUACGACCUUGUUGACCCCAAAACCCAACAAAUCCGGGGAUGUAGUAAAGAAAACAAAGCCAGAGUUCCUUGCAUAGCAGCUGAAGGCCUAAAUUGUUCAGAAACAAACAAUUCAACUUUUACAAGGGAAAUGCCUUGCAAGUGGACAAAUGGGUAUUCAUUCGAGACUGCUCUUUUACUCUCUAUAUUUCUGGGAAUGUUUGGAGUUGAUAGAUUUUAUUUGGGGUACCCAGCCAUAGGUUUAGCAAAAUUUUGUACAUUAGGAUUCAUGUUUCUGGGCCAGUUGGUGGACAUUGUGCUUAUAGCGACUCAAGUCGUUGGGCCUGCAGAUGGGUCCGCAUACGUAAUCCCAUUUUAUGGGCCUGGGGUGCAAGUGGUGCGCAGUGAUAAUUGGACUUACAGACUUAAGCAAGAUGAUUGGUGAUCAUUAGUUUUUAAUUUAAGAUAUUUAAUUGUAUUCUCAAAUAUAUAAUGUUCAUUAA